AUGGGCGCCUCGGAGUCGAAAUUAGCGUUCAAACAGUCCAUCUUCCAGCUCUCAAAGGACGAGGAGAUCCAUCCCGAAGAUACUUUAUGGUCACAGUUCUACACGCUGCCGGAAUCCGCCGACGACGUCUUCUCGCUCUGGUCACCAAACGAUUUACACAAUCUUACCCGCAAGAACAGUCGCGAUGCGCAAGUUGAGCCCAGAAAGAACUUGGAAACACUCGUAUACAGUUUGGUGGCACGAUUGGUGAAGCUACAGACCGAAUUUGAUCUCCAUGACGGCAACCCAGAGCAGAGGAACGUGGAGGUGGUGAAUUGCAUGCGGAUCAUCACCCGUCUGUUUCCCUUCAUCUACGAAGCGCAUCAUUUGCGAGAAUGGACGGCCCGUUUCUUUUGGCAGCCGCGUCGGCCAACAUACUUUUGGGACCACAAGCAUGACCGGCCUGGUCGUUUGUUCGAUGGGCUAGAACCAAGCAAGGGGUAUGCGAUUGACCAGUUGGAAGCCACGAUUGGGCCGCCUUUGGGCGAGGUGCUUGUGAAAUGUGUGGUCAACUACUGCUUCUUUCCUGGAUUUACCAUUCCAGCGCGAAUUGGAGAAGACGGACAGGCGGAAAAGGCAGUCAACGUGAGGGUGUGGCAGACGGGGAUCGGCAGCAGCAAGAGCUUGGGUUGUUCGAGAGAGAAUGAAAAGCAUCAGCAGGAGACUGUGAGACUGUUACUCACCAUAUCAAGUCUGGCGAUGUAUAUCCCACCGAGCGAUGUCGCUGCUUCAGACAUUCAGCCUCUCACGUACAUGACAACUCGACUGGAGAAACGGGUGGUGAAUGGACUGCUAUGCUCUCUGCUGAAUACUGUUCUCAAGUACAAUCCAAACUUGUGGUCAGCCCUUUCCAAUGUCAAUGGAGCCUUGGACCUUGCCACUGGUGCCAACGAAGCGAAGAAGAUUUUGGUCACAAACUCCCUUCAUUUAAUCCUCGUAUUGGCGAUUUAUGAUCCACCCACAGCGACGAAGAACCAGUUUCGUCAAUCUUUGAGCAGCCUGCAUCGACCAGAUGAUCUCCAGUUCAUUCAGACCGGGCUGAGCACUGUUCUUUCACAGCCAGUAUCUACGACGGGAAACUUCACGUACACGAUUGGGAAGGAUAGAGCCUUGCCUUGGGCUCCGGAAAUGAUAUCUCUUCUUUGGGAGCUCCUGCAAAGUAACAAGCGCUUCCGACGUUAUCUUAUCGAAACGGGAUGCGCGCUUGAUUAUGUUGUGCUUGUGCUGUACUACGCACUCGACGCAAAGGACGACGCUGCGAAGCAUGGAGUGUUGAGAAUGUGUGUGUUUGUGCUGCAGACACUCAGUGCAGAGGCGGUCUUCGCAGCCAAGCUGAACCAACCCUUCAAGCAUAUGGAAACGCUGCCUGUCUUGAUGAGAGUUCCACACUUCCAUGGCUCUUAUGCAGACUUUUUGGUCUGUUCGAUCCACACCAUCUCUCAGACCGUCCAGCGGCGUCCGGAGCUCGAGAGUGUGUACCCUGCGCUAGUGGCCAUCAUCAGGAAUGUUGUACCGUCGCAAAAGAAUCUGGCAAGGGCCACAAGCUCCAAGAUGAUGAGUCUCUUCGAGAUGCUCUCAAGUCCGGGUUUUCUACUUGCGAAUGAUAGCAAUAAUACCUUGCUGAUUGGGUUUUUGGAGGCGUGCAAUGAGAUUCUAGCCAACCAUUCAAAAGAUAAUCCUCGCUUUAUUGAAGUACUCGUCGCAAAUCGUUCUCGCUUCAAAGCGCUACGAGCUCUCACCGUCGAAGGUGCGACGGCCGAAAUGGAGCGCCAAGCACAGGAAAGAAAGGAUCAGGGUACCACAGACUCGCAAAGUGUCUCGCGAGCAGCGUCGUUGGAUGGUAAUCUGAGUCCUGUAUCCACAAGGUCUCCGUUAUUGGGUAUUGUUCCUGAGGAUGAACGCUUCGCAAUUGGCGACGAUGAUGACGAGGAUGAUAUUGGCGACAUGGCACGCCCAACCUCACUCAGCGAAAAAGCCAAAGGAAAGCAACCCGAGUCAAACUCGAGAGGUUCGAGCGUCUCCAAGGCCACGUCCACAAGCAGCUUGCAACCUUUGAUCAUACCAAAACGGGAUGGUCUAGGUGCUGGCUUCCAGCCCAGUCAAGCCUGGCUCGAAAGCUGGUAUUCACGGCUACCGUUGGGCCCCAUUUUUGAGAUAAUAAUAGACAAGGCCGAAGCCAAGGCACCGCAGAAGAAUUGUUCUAGCAGGUCGACAGAAUCCAGCCGAACGAGCACAGAUGAAGCGAGAAUCACCAAGCGAGAUGUCAUGGAAGAUAACGGUGGCGUCGCUGAAGACCCAAUUUUGAAAUCCCCUCUAGCGACGAAUUUCCAAUGGACAUCCGUAGCCAUCGGCUGGUAUACCGCUCUAUUAUGGAGUAGAAUCUACCUCCAAGAAGCAGAAGCUUUCCAGGGUUCCGGAGGACUGUACAGUAGUACGAAUGUCGUCCUCUUUCGCCGUUCGGCUGGCAGUUAUCAGGAGAUUAGUCUGAGAAGUCCAAAGGGGGCUAUUGAUGCUGUGGGGCAGUCUCUUGCGCAGAGGAUUAGUAGUUUUUCACUCUCGGGGGCGGAGGGGGAUGGGAAGGUUUCUACUUCUUCUCCUGCUGCUUGA